AUGAAAGUCAUGUUUUUGGCUGCGGUAGCGAGACCACGGUUUGACAUACAUGGAAAAGAAAUUUUUUCAGGUAAAAUCGGAAUAUAUCCUUUUGUUACUAAAGAGCCAGCCAGGAGGAGUAGCGUUAAUAGAGCUGCAAGUACUCUUGAAACAAAAGUCAUGACUUCAGUUGAAAGGGACAUAAUAAGAUCAUAUAUGAUCGACAAAGUUCUACCAGACAUCCGAGCAAAAUGGCCAGAUGGAAAUAGGGUGACGAUAUACAUUCAACAAGACAAUGCACGGACACAUCUUGAUCCAAAUGAUGCACAGUUCUAUCAAGCGGCCUCACAGUAUGGGUUUGAUAUUCGUUUGAGGUGUCAACCAUCAAACUCUCCUGAUCUAAACAUCUUAGACCUUGGGUUUUUUAAUGCCAUUCAAUCAUUGCGAUAUAAGGAGAGUCCAAAAACCAUUGAUGAGCUUAUUGAUGCAGUUGAAAGAUCAUAUCAGGUAUAUCCUCCAAGAAUUUUGAACAGAAUAUUUUGCACCUUACAGACAUGCAUGAUAGAAAUUCUGAAAGGUCGAGGUUUUGACAAGUAUAGUGUUAUGGCCAGUUUUGGCCAUGUGCAGGGGGCAAAGGCGCGCCCUCCACGGGGUGGUCCCGGGAGGCGCGGCCUUGUGUUUCGGGAACAGGAGGCCAUGUCUGAAGAAUGA